AUGACAACUAGAAAUAAUAUACCUCAUGAUAAUAGUAAUCGUAGAGAUAAUGUUGAUGGAUCAUCAUCUGAUGAAGUGAAUGUUCAGAUUACGGCUAAUGAAUAUGGUACAGUACAAGCCGUUGUUGAUGAUCCAAGAUAUGAUAGAAACUCGAUAAAUUCAGUUGAAUCUCAAGAUGAUGCAUGUUUCAGUGAUAAUAGCGGCGAAGAAUGUCAAACAUUACUAUCCACCAAAAAUAUCUUUAAGUCAGCUGAAAAUAAUGCUCGAUUAAAUCAAGCAAAUCUUAUUGAUAGACAACCAACCAUACAACUUUGA